AUGAAAAACUUUAAGGUUAUGGAGCUCUACUGUUGCAUGUACAAUGGUUGCCACAAUGAAUACACUACCAGAUCUAAUUUAAAACAUCAUAUUGACGUUGCUCACUUGAAAGCAAAGAAAUUUAUUUGUCAUGUUUGCCAGCAAACACUUGCAAGCAAACAAAACCUGCGAGAACAUUUAAACAGACACAGAGGAGUAAAGCCGUUUGCAUGUGGAAUAUGCAAGAAACAAUACAGACAAAGAAGCCAAGUGCUGAUUCACUCAAGAGAGCAUGGAGUUAUAUGCGAAGUACUCGAAAAUUAUAUCGAAUCACAUCCAGAGGAAACUAUAAAUAAACUGCUAAAGAAAAAAAUAGAAAAAACUUCUAAUGAGUUUCAAGCUAUGAAUAUCGAGCUGCCACUUAUAAAUUAUCAGCUAAGACAAGAAUUCUUAUUACCCUCUCUUACAGAGAUUUUAAAUAAAAUUUAA